UUUAAUAAAAAUUCUUCACUACUGGCAAUACCAAAGUGCAAUUAAAGUUUUUUCGCGACUGAGAGAGAAACAUAAUUAAUUCCAAUUGAAACAAAUGCACUUUAAGUGUUUUUAUAAAAUUAGAAGUAAAGUUAAAGUAAAUGUAAAAUACAUUUAGUACAUUAUUAUUUAUACAGUUAAAGGAAAUAUAACAGUGAAAUUAUGUUGGAAAAGUUUUAUACGUGAGAAAGUCGGAAACAAGUUAAAGAAGAAAACGUCUUUUUUUCUUUUUACUACUACUGUUGCAAGAAAAGAAGACGAACGACGAUACAACAAUCACACACAUCAUCACAUAAAAAUAUAGAAAAGACAAAAAGUCUCAUACACAUAAUUACAUUUAAGUUGCAGUUUUAGUACUUUAAAUAUUAACACGGUAUGGAGCCUUCAGUAUGCAUAUCUGAUGAAGCCGAUUUCGAUGGCCAGAACACAGCCCUGCAAGAUUACGGUCAGUAUACGACAGUGUAUCCGAAUGCACCGUUGUAUGCGACUAAAGCACCAGCCGGUGUGGCUGUUUCCCGUAUUGGCUCACAGUGCUCAUAUCGCACUGAGCAUAGUUCGGCUGCGAAAAUUAUAGGCUCACAAAAUAAUUUGACUAGCUCUGUACAAGAGCUGAGUAAUCCCGUGGGGCUGCCUACCGAUCAAGCAGCCAUGAUGCCCACCCUACGUUACAUACAGCCCACACAAUAUGAGGAAAUGUCCGAGUACGGUAUAAAUCCAGUAAUGCCAUUUCCUUCAGAUGGUCAAUAUGCUGAGGACUCGCCUGUGGCCUAUGGUUACGUAUCAGAAGCUAAUUACGUGAUGCCGACAGUGAGUGCCAAGACAAAUGCUUACGGGGCGAGACCGUCAAUGUUCGAUGAUAAUCGUAAUGGUGCUGAAGCCGCUAGUGCCAUGGGCCUUGCUCCGCAGGCCUUUGAAGAUCCUCAUGAUUUUCAAAAUAAAAUGUCGCAGCUAACCAUCAGUUCAUUUGGUGUCGUUUCACAACAUAUGCGUAAUGGAGGCAAAGAUGAAUUAGUUGAUGGUUCUUGUAGCGAUAUAUGCUCGACUAUGCGAUGGCGUGACCCAAAUUUAUCGGAAGUCAUCAGCUUUUUAAAUAAUCCGAAUAAUGCCAUUAAGGCGAACGCGGCUGCCUAUCUACAGCAUUUAUGUUACAUGGACGAUCCCAUAAAACAACGAACUCGUAUUCUAGGAGGUAUACCGCCACUAAUAAGGUUGCUCUCCUAUGAAGCGCCAGAGAUUUACAAAAAUGCGUGCGGAGCCUUGCGUAAUUUAUCUUAUGGUCGUCAAAAUGAUGAAAACAAACGUGAAAUUAAAAACGCCGGUGGCCUGGCCGCUCUUGUUAAUUUAUUGUGCCGCACUCAAGAAUCUGAAGUCAGGGAAUUAGUGACGGGUGUCUUAUGGAAUAUGUCUUCAUGUGAGGAUAUCAAACGUUAUAUCAUUGAUGAAUGUUUGGCUGCCAUUGUUAGUAAUAUUAUUCAUCCACAUUCCGGCUGGGACCCCGUUUGUCCCGGUGAUACAUGUUUUUCCACCGUAUUUCGCAAUGCUUCCGGCGUUUUGCGUAACGUCAGCUCGGCCGGCGAAUAUGCACGCACUCAACUGCGUAAUUAUGACCAUUUAGUCGAGUGCCUGUUGUAUGUUGUAAGACAAGCGAUUGAGAAGAAUAACAUCAGCAACAAGACUGUCGAAAACUGUGUUUGUAUAUUGCGUAAUCUUUCAUAUCGCUGCCAGGAAGUUGAGGAUCCCAACUACGAUAAGCAACCGAACGCGGUACCCACGCGGGCUUUAUCCUCCAGCAAAGGAGAGAACCUUGGUUGUUUCGGCACUAGUAAAAAGAAAAAGGCUCAAGCUCAAAGUGAACAAAACGAAAGUGCUCUUGCUACUGUGGGACAUGCUGGUGCGGCCAAAAAUACUGCCGAUGUGACCGUCAAUAGAGGUCCCCUGAAAGGCUAUGAACACUUAUGGCAACCGGAAGUUGUGCAAUACUAUUUGGCUCUAUUACAGAGCUGUUCCAAUCCCGAAACAUUAGAGGCGGCCGCCGGUGCUAUACAAAACUUAUCAGCCUGCUAUUGGCAGCCAAGCAUAGAUAUUAGAGCUGCAGUACGUAAGGAAAAAGGUCUGCCAAUUUUAGUGGAAUUGUUAAGAAUGGAAGUGGAUCGAGUUGUGUGUGCUGUUGCCACCGCUUUAAGAAAUUUAGCUAUAGAUCAGCGUAAUAAGGAACUCAUUGGCAAAUAUGCUAUGCGUGAUUUGGUGCAAAAAUUGCCGUCGGGCAAUCCACAACAUGAUCAAAAUACAUCGGACGACACUAUAACCGCCGUAUUGGCUACCAUUAAUGAGGUGAUCAAGAAAAAUGCGGAAUUCUCGCGUUCGCUCUUAGAUGCCGGCGGUGUAGAACGCCUUAUGAAUAUAACCAGUCAACGCCAAAAAUAUACAAACUGUGUGAAUAAGUUUGCUAGUCAGGUCUUGUUUACAAUGUGGCAACAUCAUGAACUACGUGAUGUGUACAAAAAGCAUGGUUGGAAAGAACAGGAUUUCGUUACCAAAUUCAUCGAUUCUCACAGUGCUUCAGCACAUUCACCGAAUAACUCGAAUAGUACUUUAAACCGGCCUAUGGCUUCACAAGGUCGAACCCGUUAUGAAGACCGUACCAUACAGCGUGGUAACAAUACGUCGACGGGACGUAAUAAAGAGGAUUCUCAGCAGCAGCAACAACAACAACAAUCACAAGGAGCGCAGCAACAACGGGCUUGUCAAGAUACACAAAUGUUGCGACAAAUGGUUGGGGGAGGCGAUCACAAUCCACACCCUUACGCAAACAAUGGUCGUGUCUAAAAAUAGGACAAUAAAAGGAAAAAUAACAACGUUCGUGCCUAUUAAAAAGGUGGAUAGAUGAAAUAUGCUUGAAAUGAUUUAGUCGUAGGAAGCGAUGACACGAUGAUGUCCAUCACAGGGCCAAAAUAGCAUUAGCCUUGAAUAGCAAUAGCACGAUGAAAGAAACGAUGGUGGUGAUGAUGAUGAUGAUGACGACAACAAUGAAGGCGUAGCAAUAACGAUAUGUAUAUACUCGGCAGCGUUAGCAUUCGUAUUCAGAUUAAUUAACAGCACCUUACAUAAAAUUAUGUACAUAUUUAGAGAUUCACAAACACCCUAAAUACAUUCAUCACAUACACGCAUACACAAACAAAACACACGAACAGGAAUACAUCCACGACACAGUUUAUUACUUAAUGAGCGCACAUACGGCUUACGUAAACAAUAGAAUAAAAAGGAAAAUAAAUACAAAA